AUGGAGCAUAAUAUCAAAGUUGAGACUGGUGUCGAGGUGCCUCCAAGUGCUCCGGGAAAAGAAUUGGAAGGGACUUCUCAAGGGAACGCUUUCGAUAAACCGCCAGAACACUGGAUUUUCGAAGAAUUAGAGCAGUUUGGUAUCAUAGAUGUUGAAAAUCCGACAACUCCUGAUCUACAGGGGCCAAUACAUCCGAUUUUUCAUCACGAAAGAUGGCCUGAAUUGAAAGAAAAUACCAAGAGAUAUGAUGUAUUUAGGCCAAGCUUCAUACUAGCAACAAAAUUGCUUAAAGUGGCUGGGCCAUUCCUGGCAUCAAUAAUACCAACGCUAAGGCUGGAUGCAAAAAGGGAAUAUGUUGUGCUGGAGAAAAGUGCUACUGAUAAUCAGUUACAAAAAUGUUUCAAGCACCUUGAGAUAAUCGCGCAACACAUGGAAUGGAAAGAAGACGCCGUCAUGUGGCCAUCCCUUGGCCGCCAAGGGCUCACAGUUCCCCAGGAUGCGGGAAUAAAGCCGGACGAACCUGUCCGAGACGAAGAGGAUGUUGAAUGCUGGGAAGAAUCGACAAAGAGGGAUCAGGUUCAGGGACUUCCCUGUCGUAAGAUGACAGUUUACCUUGCCACUCAAUAUGGGAACGCAUUGGAGGACUUCAAAGGAAAGGAACAACCCACCAUGAGAUAUUCGCAGGCCGUUUUUAUGUGUGCAGUUACACUUGUGCAUGAAAUUGCUCAUGUGGCAUAUGCAGCACGUUUUUCACACAGACCUUGGAGAGGGGAGCCUUUUAUCAAGGGAGAGGCAUUGCCUGAACUGGGGGUGAGUUUGAUAGCUUUUCUGUUCAAAGGCUGGCUCCCUGAAAAUAUUAGUAUGGAUGCAACUGGUAAAGACGAUUAUUCGUUCAAAUAUGGUUGUUGCUGGUAUAAACAGCGUUGCCAUCCACGACGAUACCCGCGAUAUACAACAGUGCAUUCGAUCCCCAUGUCACACAUUCAAAACAUUUUGAGUCAAAGCGCGUGGGACAAAUUCGACGAGGGCAACAUAUCAUCGUAUUCCAUCAGAGUGCGCUCGCUCCUUUUAAGUCCUUGUUUACCCUUCCAAGCCGGACGUACGGCCCGUAUCGCUAGAAAGGUUCAACGCUUUCGCGUGGAUAGAUCUCCCGCUUUGGGCCCAUAUUCCAAUAUUUGGGACUACCACGAUCCCGACUGGGAGAACCUCGAGCUAAGAGUUAAGAAAGAGGAGCCGGCAUGCUCUCCACUGAUGCUUCCGGUCAAACUUGAAGCGCAAAGUAGGAGCAUAAAGCCGGAGGCCGUUGGCGAGAUGCCGGAUGAUGGUCCGUCACCGGACAAUCGGCAAACGAGCGCAUCCAAAUGGUCUGCAACUUCUUCUCCUGUUAACCUUUGGUUAAUUCCAGCUGCGAGUGAACCGCCAUCUCCAUCCCCGAUAGAAGAAAUGCAGCCAAACUUGGCACGUAAUGGCCAAGGAGACUGUGUAAAAUGCGAAAGUGCGAACGGCGGCGAAAUUGGUGACAUUUGUGACAUUGGAACCGGGCAUAAGGAGCUGGUAACUACCAACCAGCGACCAACUGUCUCCAGUAGCACAAGCUCGUACUGGGAGAACCUCACAGAUGCCACUCCAAAUCUCACAGGCGUUAUUAGUGCCACAUCCAGCAAGUCGAGAGCCCGUCGAAGCCAGUGUCCAAGUCCGCCAAGACACCGCGACAGUGCAAGCCGUGGAAGACAUCGGCACCACAUCUACAACCAAGCUUCCGUGGAAGACAGCCAUUGGCAGCGAGGCGGCGGAAACGAUAGCGGCAUCACACAACACUACAUGCAACGCUUCGCUACGAUGCCACCUGUGGCUGCACGGGUUUUAAUUCGACAACCAGCAGAUACUGCGGUGCAAAGAAGGAGCAGAAGGCUGCAAGGCCUAGAACCCGAGAUGCCUGAAGGCCUUCAAGAGCCGAAAAGGCGGAGGGUUGUGCGACAUUAG